AUGUUACCUCUUAUUACGCUUGAAGAGCAUUUCAUAUCUACGAAAGUUCGUUCUGGGAAGGAUGACCACUAUAACGACUUUCCUCCUUCCUUCACUUUGAAGUUCGAGAGUCUUGGGGACGAGCGAAUACAGGACAUGAACAAUGGAUCUGUGUCCCUCCAAGUACUCUCUCAUGCACCUCUGGACGCAUCUCCAUCAGCAUGUUCAGAUAUAAACAAUGAACUGGCUCUAGCAAUUUCCAAAAACCCGGACCGCUUCGCCGGCUUUGCUACGUUGCCUAUGGAAGAUUCGAAGGCAGCUGCAGAGGAGCUUUCUCGUUGUGUAACAAAGCUCGGUUUCCUCGGUGCCCUCAUCAACAAUCAUCUCAACGGACAAUUCUAUGACGAUGGACGAUUCUGGCCGGUUUUCGAGAAAGCUCAGGAGUUGGAUGUGCCAAUAUACAUCCAUCCCACGUACCCAUCCGAGUCGAUGCUGGAACCUUACAAGGGAAACUAUGAUGACCGGAUUGCAAGUCAAUUGAGUGCAUAUGGUUGGGGCUGGCAUUCUGAUACCGGGCUUCACAUCCUACGACUUUUUGCCAGUGGAUUUUUUGACCGGUUUCCGGAAAUCAAGAUCAUCAUCGGUCAUAUGGGUGAACUGUUGCCCUUUCAACUGGAUCGAAUAGCUGGAAUCUCUCAGGUGUGGGGGGAAAAGAAGCGGGAUCUGAUGGAGGUAUGGAAAUGCAAUAUCUGGAUCACAACGAGUGGGAUGUUCUCGCUGGCCCCACUAGCUUGCUUGCUCCAGACAACGACUAUAGAUCAUGUGAUGUAUAGCGUCGAUUAUCCGUUUUCGUCAAAUGAGAAGGGGAAGAGCUUUAUCGAGGAGAUCCAAAAGAGUGGGAUCAUGAGCGCGGAAGACUUGGAGAAGUUCGCGUAUCGAAAUGCGGAGAUUUUGUUGAGAGUCAAGGCGAAGACCUCGAAGUAG